GACUUCCUUAUUAAAUAAAUACUGAAAAUUUUGUAGCAUAGGAGAGUCAGAAUGACGACUUCGGAAUUGCAGUUGCAGCUAAACAACUUGGACGCUUCUCUCUUCAAUCAUACUCCCUUUUACUGCGAGGAGAACGUCUAUUUUCUUUGCAAGAAACUUUGUUCAUCCCAGAUAGCAGAUGCUCAAGGAUCUGAUCUUUUUGUCGUUUUCAUUUCCAAUGACAAUAAACAGAUUCCACUGUGGCAUCAAAAAGCUAGCCAUAGAGCAGAUGGUGUAAUUCUCUGGGAUUACCAUGUAAUUUGUGUUCAGAGGAAGAAAGAUGGUGGUACUCAUUUAGUAUGGGACUUGGAUUCAAGUCUUCCAUUUCCUUGUCCUUUAGCUACCUAUGUGUCAGAAACUAUCCGGCCAUCAUUUCAGCUCUUUUCGGAGUUUCAGAGGUUUUUCCGGGUAGUGUAUGCUCCUUUAUUUCUUCGUCACUUUGCAUCUGAUAGAAGACACAUGAAAGAUUCUGAAGGGAACUGGACUGCUCAACCUCCUCCAUAUGAACCCAUAGUUGCUGAAGAUGGAUCUGUGCACAACUUAAACGAGUACAUGGAGAUCCGUGCUGCUGAUGUACUAACAGAUCUACCCCCAGAAUUGACAAGUGCAGUUUUUGGUCAGAAGCACGGAGUUGUAAUUGGUGAAGCGCAUCUUGAGGAAUUAUUUUCUCAAAUUCCUUGAUAUGGUGGGUACUUUUAACCAAAAUCUUAGAACUUGCAUGUUUGAUGCAUAGUCUUGAGCACUUAAAACUGCUACUGUACAAAUAUGUUUCCAAUACUGUUAUAUAUGUCGUGCCACAAGCCUGCAAAAAUGAAGGAAAACAACAUACUUACAGCAAUAUUGUUGAUGUGUGUGUGUAUAUAUAUAUAUAUAUAUAUAUAUUAUCAUUGAUUGUAAUAAAAUUCUUUGUUUGCCAUUGUUAA